GUACCUUUGCUGAGAGGUGGCAGAGCAGCCUCAGGACACCACCAUGAUGGAGGAUCACGCACCUGGCCAGGAAAAACACUUCUCAUCAGGCUAUCCCCUUCAGAUACCAGUCGAUGAUGGAUCGGAUGAGCCUGUUUCUGAAACUUCUGACGCUAAGAGCACCCCAACUACGGAAGAUGCCACAGCACCUUUAGUGGAGGAAGGAGACCACGAGGAGCAGGGUGGUGCGGAACAGCACGGGGAGAUCCCAGAAGGAACCACAGCUGAGGAGGCGGGCGUGGGAGCCACUCCCAACCUGGAGGACCACGCUGCAGGAGAUGCCACUCAAGGUCGUGUUGACAAGGAAGGGACCGAAGCUGAUGAAAAGAAACCCAAGCCGACCUGAAAAACGUCAAGUCCAAAAUCGGCUCCACCGACAACCUGAAGCACCAGCCCGGAGGUGGCAAGGUGCAGAUAAUUAAUAAGAAGCUGGACUUUAGCAGCGUUCAAUCCAAGUGUGGCUCAAAGGAUAAUAUCAAACACAUCCCGGGCGGAGGCAGUGUGCAGAUAAUUAAUAAGAAGCUGGACUUUAGCAGCGUUCAAUCCAGGUGUGGCUCAAAGGAUAAUAUCAAACACAUCCCGGGCGGAGGCAGUGUGCAAAUCGUUUACAAGCCAGUGGACCUGAGCCAUGUGACAUCCAAAUGUGGUUCCCUGGGCAACAUCCACCACAAACCAGGUGGUGGCCAGGUGGAGGUGAAAUCUGAGAAACUGGACUUCAAAGAUAAGGUGCAGUCGAAAAUCGGGUCCCUAGAUAACAUCAGCCACGUCCCUGGAGGAGGCAAUAAAAAGAUUGAGACUCACAAGCUGACCUUCCGCGAGAACGCCAAAGCCAAGACCGACCACGGCGCCGAAAUCGUCUACAAGUCCCCGACCAUCUCCGGAGACGCCUCCCCGCGCCGCCUUAGCAACGUCUCCUCCAGCGGCAGCAUCAACCUGGUGGACUCCCCCCAGCUGGCCACGCUAGCCGACGAGGUGUCCGCCUCGCUGGCCAAGCAGGGCUUGUGAUCGCGGCACGGCGGCCACCAGGAGAGAAGACAAGGAAAGGAAACGAAAAAGAAAAGAAACAAAAAUAAUAA